AUGUUGACAGUAUGUAAAGACGAUGCCUACAAAUGUGCCUGUCUGGCAGUGGAAUGUCCACGAGUGUUUAAUUAUUCGGUUGCACUGAAAGAAGAAUGCUGGAUGAAGGAAUGCUUCAUUAGUAAACGGGCGCUCGACCAGUCAACUCUCUUGCAGGUCACUGCCGGCUAUAUUGUCAUCCUCCUCAUUGGCUUACUUGGCAAUAUACUAGCAAUAUCCGUUUUACGCAAGCAUCCGCUUAUGAAGACGCACAGCAGUAUCUACAUAAUGAAUCUUGCCAUGGCCGAUCUCAUCACCCUGUGUGUUGGUUUACCGUUUGAACUGAUCAUGAACUGGAGUCAAUAUCCCUGGCCUUUUCCGGACCUAUUUUGUAAUCUCAAGGCGCUCAUCGCUGAAACUACAAACUACGUUUCUAUCAUUACGAUUUUAUUGUUCUCCAUCGAACGUUACAUUGCUGUCUGUCACCCAUUCGUCUUCGUGAAAAUCAAACCGCUGCGGCAGAAUGUACACAAAGUGUUGUGCGCUGCGUGGCUUGUGUCAGCGUUAUGUGCGUCACCUUUCGGGUUCUAUCAUAGAGCUGACUAUAUUUUGAAGAGCUGGCCCGGAACUGAAAAUAAUAUACCGGUUUUAUCAUCGAAGAUGUGUAUGGUCGCUGUGCUGUUCGACCGCAGUUCGAAGCUAAUGUACAAAUUUAUUUUCCAUUUAUCAGCGCUCCUGUUCUUUGUUGUUCCACUUUCAAUAAUUUUUGUAUUGCAUAUACUAAUCGCUUUUCACGUCCGAUCAUCUCGCAAAGGUGUCAAUCGGUCCGAUCACGUUGAUGAAGGGAAUUUUCGGCUGACUUUUAUUCUAGUUAGUAUCGUCAUUGCAUUGUUCAUCUGCCAUGUGCCUUUUCAAAUCCAACGCCUGUCGUUUUUUUAUUUUGAAAAUGAGCAAGUCGUUUCAACACUAAAUCAGUACCUCUUCUUCAUAUCAGAAAAAGUCGAUUUUGCAGGGUUCCUAUUUUAUCUGGCGCCAAUUGUGAAUCCUAUUUUGUACAAUGUCGUCUCAGCACGGUUUCGUAAAGCCUCGAAGGAUAUUCUUCUGUCAAUUUUCUAUUCUUCAAAGCGACAAGGAGAAUCCAUUAUGAUGAGACGACGAUCUUCGGUCAACUACAUCAUAGCCGGUCGUGGCGACAUACAUCACUGUAACGAUGAACCUCUCUGCGGCCCACUUCUGUAG